CCCCAGGGAACAAGCUUAUUCGACGUCGACUGUCCGGAUGAAGAUCCAAACGCCCCUGAACCGGUGGAGUCCUGCACGUGUAAGGACGGUAGCAGUAUCCAUUGCGGGUACAGCGAAAAUGCAGCCCGAAAUACUGCACGGGGUAUAAAUACCAGGACCACAGUACAAAAGUCAUCAAGAAAUGCUGAAAAAUUUGGAGGUACAGCACGUCGUUCAAGAAGAUCCAUCCAGGAUAACACAUUUUACUCAGAUGACAUUGAUGAGAGUGAAGACUACGUCUUUGACUACGGAGACAACCAGUCCCCUCCUCCAGUCGCUCAGUGGCCAACUCCUACCCUCCAGAUCACCGAGGAAGGUGCGACAAAACACUGUAGAGAGGCCAUCAUGAACUCAUCUAUGUCUGCAGUAUGUGCCAACCUGGGAGUGGAUAUCUUUGCACCUGUCCGAGCAUGUGUCGAGGAUAUCAAGUUUACUGAAGAUUUAGGCAUAGCAGCAGCUCACGUGGACACCGUAAAAGCAGCCUGUACAGACGUCGCCUAUCAGAACGUUAGUCUGUAUGAAGUUGACGAUGAUGGAGUCCUAGUUCCUCCCAUGGCCGUACGAGACAACCUGUGUCCGGCAGACUGCAGUCAGCAGGGUGACUGUGUGAACGGGACCUGUGCGUGUUUUGAGCCGUACACAUCAGCCGACUGUUCCCUGGUAAAAGGCAGCCAACCGGCGGUCCGAUUCAUCCCUAACCACGGCCUGUGCGACAUCCGCAGACGGCCGUGUAGGAAGACGUCAGUCAUCGCAGACGGGCUGGUGGAGACUGGGAAUCUCACGUGCAGGGGCAGGGAUGUCAAGAUAGAAAAUGGGAUCCAGACCAUCAUUACAGGAAGCGACCAGUUGACAAACGCAACAAUCCGCAGUUUUAAAGAAGUUUCUUGUCAACUGCCUCAAUCGCCAGUGCUUCAGGGCACACCAGAUGAGAUGGAGGGAACUAGCAUCUAUGGAUACCGCCUCUCUGUCAGUAAUGAUGGAGAAAACUUUAGUGACGACCUUCUUUUUACAAUCUACGACUCUUUGUGCCAAAACUGUACGUCGGGACCGCAGUGUUUCUGGAAACUAAAUACCUGCAAAAUAAGAGGUUUCUGUUUUGGACAUGGAGAUCCGAAUCCCAACAACUGGUGCCAGCAGUGCCUGCCACAUCUCUCCAACCAGACAUUCAGUGAAAGACCUGUUAACCUGCCACCAGUCAUUGUGUCACCAACUGACAUCACUAGAGUAUACGGAGAACAUUUAAAUGUUACAGUUGUUACCAAUGAUCCAGAAGGUAGGCCGGUUUCGAUCUCCAUUACUUCUGCUAACAGGCAUGGUAUCACGGUGAAGGGUGAUCAGCUUCAGUGGAAGACAGAACACCCAACAGGAAAUUUUGUUGAGACUAUUAAAGCCAGUGAUGAAUGUGGGGCUUUUGACACACAAAACUUUACAUUCAUCACCAUGGCCUGUCCUUGUCAGAAUGGCGGCAUGUGUGUACCAGAUCCCAACAUGCCUCGCGGCCAGGGUCACUAUGUCUGUGAAUGUCCCGGAUACACGGGCCGAUGGUGUGAACAGGAGAUUGACGAGUGUCAGUCAAACCCCUGUCACAACGGCACGUGUAUUGACCUGAUCAAUGGUUUCAACUGCACCUGUGAUGACGACCAUGUUGGCGAGUUCUGUCACAUCGACAUAGAUGACAAGUGCGGCCUGCAGCCAUGUUUCCCCGGGGUUCUCUGUAUCAACGUCGCCGGCGGCUUUGAGUGUGGAGACUGCCCGGAGGGAUUUACUGGAAACGGCAUUACAUGUCAAGAUGUGGAUGAAUGCGUCUCUGCCACCACCAAUGACUGCACCUAUGUUUGUGAGAACACCCCAGGCUCCUAUCGCUGUACCUGUUCAGCAGGUUUCAUUCUAGUCAAUGACCAGUGCAUUGAUAUUGACGAGUGUGCAUAUGGGCUGUCCGAGUGUUCUCAUCUGUGCAGUAACAAUGCCGGCAGCUAUACUUGUGACUGUCCAGCGGGAUAUCGCCUCGGACCUGACAACAAGCAAUGCAUCGAACUGGAUGAAUGUGCCAACACUCCGUGCGAAAAUGGAGGCACUUGUCAUGAUGAAAUCAACCAGUUUUCGUGUUCUUGCCCAUUGGGAUGGCUUGGAGCUCUCUGUGAAAGAGACAUUGAUGAAUGUUUGGUGACCAACCAUGGCUGUGAAUAUGAAUGUGAGAACACACUCGGCAGCUAUACCUGCAGCUGUCCUGAAGGGUUCGAGCUCAAGAAUGACAGGAAGACAUGUCAAGAUAUCAACGAGUGUGAAACAACCUUGGUGUGUACUCACAUCUGCAGUAACACGGAGGGAAGUUACACCUGCAGCUGCCCAGCUGAUUUAGUUUUGCAACCAGAUGGAAUCACAUGUGUGAUACCUGCGUCGGCCGUAGCACCACAAGAAGACUGCCGAAAAUCUGGCUGCCCUGGCAAGGAUGCUCAGGAGUGCGUUGAGAUCGAUGGAAACUACGUUUGCCAGUGUAUCGAAGGCUAUUACCUAGCUGAGGGCGGAACAAUGUGUAAAGAAUUGACCGUGUAUGAAGCCAUGAUCACCCUGAUGACGAUAAACGGCAACGAAGCCGUGUUUACUGAAGGCGGUUUGGGAACCCCUGGUUCGGACGAGUUUCUUGACCUGGCCGUAUUGAUUGAGGAAGUGAUCAAUGCGGUGUAUGAAAACAGUGGCCUUCAAAACAAGUACAGAGGCUGUAAGGUCGUGACUUUCCGCGAAGGAAGUGUCAUCGUUGACUUUGAGCUAUACGUCCUUGAGGAUGCCGAGUUGUCUUCAUCAGAUCUGAGGGACGCCAUCUUGAACGGCCUGUCCAACAACACUCUCAGUGGAACCAACGGGGUGAUUGUUGUCAUCCCAUCGUCUUUGCAAGUCUCUUCACAAGCUACUACUACUCCCGACCAGAUGUGGUACAACAACCCCCUGUACCUUACCCUGCUCUGUGUCGGCUGUGCUGUUGUGGUCACUACCCUGAUAGUGGGAGCGGUCUGUCUGCUGACCAGUCCCAAACGCCGCAGGAAGAUGGUCGUUAGGGACAGCAUGGUGGCCAUGGGCAUGACAGACAUGACAGGAAAGGACCAAGGCAUUGACGGACCUGCUACUGAAGAUGACAAAUACGAGUAAAAAACCGUGGACUGUUUAACUCCAUUCUUUGUCAAGAAUAGAGCAACCCAACCUUCUGUGACGUAACGCAAUACACGUAACACACGUGACUUGCUCAGCGGUGAGUUAAAAGUAGGAGAGUUUAUAAUAUCUCUGUUAGGAUGGUUGUAAUACCUCCAUGUCGUUUUUUUUUCUUUAUUCUUGAAAAAAUAUUCAGGUAAUUUAUCAUCAUUUACCCAUGUCAUUGAAUAUAAAUAUUUGUCAAAAAUACACCACUAAAAUGUGGAACAGAAAUAAUAAUAAUCUAGCAAUUCUUGUUAUCUUAAUUAACCCUUGUCCUGCUGGAAUGUUUUGACAAAAUAUUUUCCAAUAAUUUCAUGUCUUAAUUAGGUCAUAGACCCAUGGAUUUUCUUUUUGCCCUGCGUUGGCAUAUUUACGUCCGCAUUCGUUGCGUUUCGCAGCGGUGUAAUUCUUUGCACGAGAAAUACCACAAAUGAAUGGUACUGUAUGUGCAACUCAACAAUUGAAAGUCGCCACAGGACUUCUUUUUUUUAUAAUAAUAUAUCACAAUCUAUGACAGAAAAUAAUUCAUGUCAUUAUUGUCUCAUUAUAGUGAGAACUGUUUGAUAAGGGCUUUUAGAAUAUUUGCGUGGUAGUUUUUUCAACAUAAGUGUUACGUAGAAAAUGUGUGUUUACCAAUUUGUCGCUUUUAUGACAUUUGCGCUCAUAAGGCAUGUGAACGAUGGUGCGUCACAUCCCUACUUGACACCCCUAUUCGCCCUAGGUUUUCUUUUUCCUAGACCAUCGGUGUUGAUUUAGAUAAAGAUACCAGCAUAUUAAAUGUACCAGUCGUGGAUAAGAGAUUGUUGUUAAGAAGUUAUUUUUCUUCAAUGUAAAAUCUGAUCUUCCUACAGUGUGUGUUAAAUGUGCAAACUUCCAACAGCUUACCAUAGUGCUGUAACAUUGUUGU